UGUCUAAGAAGAACCGUCUUUGUGAAAAGAACAUGAAGCUUCUACUUGUUUUCCUGUUUACCGCUGUUGUGGGAAAUGAGCUGUUAACAAGACGUGUGUGCCCUCCCAAUCCUUUAUUGGAUUGCAGCGCCAUGCGUUCAAUGGAUUGUUGCUCAAGCUCGGACUGCAUUGGAGGUUAUGUUUGUUGCUUAGGUGCAUGUAAAACAUACUGUCGAGCACCGAUAGUAAGUGGACGUUGGGGUCUGAAUACAGAGUAUCAAGUAUCGCAUGAAGAAUGCUCUGAACUAAAGGAAGGCAUAGUGGGAAGAUAUACUGGCAGAAACUAAUUGUCUUUUUACUGAAUAUCUGUUUAUUCAUUUAUAUAUCUGUAAAUUAAUUAAUUCAGAUGCUUGUAAUAAAAGAAUAUGCAAUUCAAUAAAACGAAAUGAAAUGUU